AUUUUGAAAGUUUUAUGGAGCUAGAAUGCACAUAUCACAAAUACACUUAUUUGAAGCGUACAAUUCAAUUUUUGUGCUAGGAUCAAAAUUUUAGUGCACUUUCAUGACCACAAAAAGAAACUGCAUAUUCAUUAGCAUUCACUCCCCAUUCCUCCUAGUCCUUCUUUUCCCUGGGCCAUAGCGUCUGGCCAAUUAAAAGGAUUUUUGUGCUAGCAUCGCCACAAUCAGUACUAGUACAUUUUCAUCACCCCAGAAAGAAACUCUGUAUUUAUUAGCAUUCAUUCCCUUUUCCCCGAGUCCUUCUAUAGAUUUGUGUAUUCUGUAUAUUUCAUAUUUUAUAAAAACACCUUCGCACAUUUUUACUUGACUUCCAGGAGGAUUUUUCUUUUCUCCUUUUUUUUUCCCCUUUUUUUUGUGACAGAAUUUUGCUCUUGAUGCCCAGGCUGGAGUGCAAUGGCGCGAUCUCGGCUCACCACAACCUCUGCCUCCCGGGUUCAAGCGAUUCUCCUGCCUCAGCCUCCAGAGUAGCUGGGAUUACAGGCAUACGCCACUACACCCGGCUAAUUUUCUGUUUUAGUAGAGACGGGUUUUCUCCAUGUUGGUCAGGUUGGUCUCGAACUCCCGACAUCAGGUGAUCCGCUCAAAGUGCUAGGAUUACAGGCGUGAGUCACCGUGCCCGGCCCAGCAGGAUUUUUCUUUGUAAGAAUCUUUUACAAUGAUCUGUGGGGGUCCAUCCCUCCUAUUUUACAGGAGAAAAUAGACGGUUAUCUAGGCUUUGUGAGUGCCAAGUUCGCACGCGGCUUUCGGACUCCGUGGCUACACUGUCGGGCCGGGAUUUCGCGAUUUCGAGGGGGGAUGCUCGGCUUCCUCCCACUAACGUAGGGCCUCGGCCAGGGCCGAGUUCCGCGGGGGAGAGCCCCAGGGUUCUGCCACCGCACCGUUGACCUAGAAUGCACGUGGGGACAGCCAAAGGUCCAGUCUCCAGUCUCGGAACCUGCGGGCCCCCGAACACGUCUGCCUGCUUGGUCUUCUUUGAACCCGAGUCCCACCGCCCACCAGGAUCCUAACGGCGCCGGCCUCGGGAACUCCCACGCACGCGCCGUUCAAACGUCCCUGCCCUCCGCGGCCCAAUCACCGCGCACCUUGUUUGGACGUUGGACCGGAAGCGUCCUAUCAGCUAGCGCGAUCCUAGAGACUGACCAGGAACCGCGACGCCCGUUCGAGUGGGCAGUGCCAGUGCGCUGAAGGGCAAGCUUCAGGGGAAGCCUGUGCCUUAUUUAGUAAGUCCCAAACCAACAGCCACAAAUGGUGCCCAAUCAGGGACGUGAAGGAAGAAGAUCUGCUAGAGCAGAGAAACUGAAACUGACCAGACGAACGAGAAACCCCGGGACAAAUCUGCUGGCAGAGGAUAUAAGGGCAAACAAAGAAGAUAACCGUUCUCCAAAGUCAAGGAUGCUCUAAGAACACCAGUAACUCAGGAUAAUCUCAGCUCUAACUCGGCCAGAGUGGCUCCAUCGCUCAAAUCGUUCCCUCCUUCAGUGAUUGGCUGAGCCUGCCAGAGUCGAACAGCGGAAAGCAGCCCCAGGGCCUCUUGCUGCCCCCAUGUCGGUGCAAGUCGCUUCACAACUCCUUGUAAUCGCCUGAUCCAAGUGGUCCAGCUUCCUGCCCUUAUGCAGCUCUUGGCUUCGUUCAAACGGACCGCCUUUGCCAGCACCGAAUCAGAACGCCCGAUCUUCGGCUCUCGUCCAAUGAACGCGCGUAUUGGGGAGGGGAAAAAAGAGGGCGUGAAGCCCAAUCGCAGCGCCAUUACACUUAAGGGCAAAGAGGUUAGGAAGCCGGCAUGGCGCUCCGGUCAAUAAAAUCGAUAGCUGGAAGCUGCCUGUGUUCCAGGCAAAGGCGGUGCGGUAGCAGCGCCGCCAUUUUCCCCGAAGGCAUCUUCCGGUGCCUUUCACCCAAGUUCGGGCAGGAGUUUCCUGAAUAACAGCAAAAGGUUUCUGUUAGCCCCGCAGGCGGCCGAUUCCGAUUCCCUCCGGGCCUCCCCGGCCACGCUCAGCCCUGGUCCGGCGGGGGCUCCUCGAUCCCCGGGGCCGCCAGCGCCCGAGGGCCGAGGCCUGGACGGGGAAGGCCGUGGCGCUGGCUCCUCGGGUCCCAUGGCGCCACCUUCGGCUUCGCUUCCCGCACAGGGACCAGGAGAGGCCAGACCCAGUCGGAAAAGGGGCAGGAGGCCGAGGGCUCUGAAGUUCGUGGACGUGGCCGUGUACUUCUCCCCGGAGGAGUGGGGCUGCCUGCGGCCCGCGCAGAGGGCCCUGUACCGGGACGUGAUGCGGGAGACCUACGGCCACCUGGGCGCGCUCGGGUGCGCAGGUCCCAAACCAGCCCUCAUCUCCUGGUUGGAACGAAACACCGAUGACUGGGAACCGGCUGCACUAGAUCCGCAGGAGUACCCGAGAGGGCUAACAGUCCAGAGAAAAAGUGGAACCAGAAAGAAGAAUGGGGAGAAGGAAGUAUUCCCGCCUAAGGAGGCACCCCGAAAGGGGAAGCGAGGCCGGAGGCCCAGCAAACCCCGACUGAUUCCCAGGCAGACGUCCGGGGGCCCCAUCUGCCCUGACUGCGGCUGUACCUUCCCCGAUCAUCAGGCCCUGGAGAGCCACAAGUGUGCCCAGAAUCUAAAAAAGCCUUACCCUUGCCCAGACUGUGGGCGCCGCUUUUCCUAUCCAUCCCUGCUGGUCAGUCACCGGCGGGCACACUCCGGCGAGUGCCCCUAUGUUUGUGACCAGUGUGGCAAACGUUUCUCCCAGCGCAAGAACCUCUCCCAGCACCAGGUCAUCCAUACAGGCGAGAAGCCCUACCACUGCCCUGACUGUGGUCGCUGCUUCCGGAGGAGCCGGUCCUUGGCAAAUCACCGGACCACACACACAGGCGAAAAACCCCACCAGUGCCCUAGCUGCGGACGUCGCUUCGCCUACCCCUCCCUGCUAGCCAUCCACCAGCGUACACACACGGGAGAGAAGCCCUACACCUGCCUCGAAUGCAACCGCCGCUUCCGCCAGCGCACGGCCCUCGUCAUCCACCAGCGCAUCCACACAGGCGAGAAGCCCUACCCGUGCCCGGACUGCGAGCGGCGCUUCUCCUCCUCCUCUCGCCUGGUCAGUCACCGGCGUGUGCACUCCGGGGAGCGUCCCUAUGCCUGCGAGCACUGUGAGGCCCGCUUCUCCCAGCGCAGCACGCUGCUCCAGCACCAGCUCUUGCACACCGGAGAGAAGCCCUACCCCUGCCCAGACUGUGGGCGUGCCUUCCGGCGGAGCGGCUCCCUGGCCAUCCAUCGCAGCACGCACACCGAGGAGAAGCUGCACGCCUGCGACGACUGUGGUCGCCGCUUUGCCUACCCCUCACUGCUGGCCAGCCACCGGCGCGUGCACUCGGGCGAGCGGCCCUAUGCCUGCGACCUUUGCUCCAAGCGUUUUGCUCAGUGGAGCCACCUGGCCCAGCACCAGCUGCUGCACACGGGGGAGAAGCCUUUCCCCUGCCUGGAGUGUGGCCGGUGCUUCCGCCAGAGGUGGUCUCUGGCUGUCCACAAGUGUAGCCCCAAGGCCCCAAACUGUAGCCCUAGAUCUGCUAUCGGGGGCUCCAGUCAGAGGGGCAAUACCCAUUAGAAGGGUAAGGACUGCCUACUUUCGUUUCAUUUUAUGGAGAGUCCCAGAAAAGGGAAGGAGGAGCCCCAGGUCAUACAGGGCAGAGUCAGAACUAAACCCAGGUCUCCUGCUGCACAGAGCUGAACUUUAGUAUCUUGCACUGCACUGGCUGCCUCCCUUUGCGUGUUUGGAACAGUCCCAUUAGGAGAGGUGACAUCAUUUGGUUAAAGUUUUCCAAGCUACCCUAUCCUAAAAUAGUUUGUGUGGAUAUCAGGGCUAAAAGUUCUCCCCAUCUAUUUUAGGGGCUGUCUGCUUUUCUAGUCUGUGCACACAGGGAUUACCUGUCAUCUUGCAUGCAAUCAGGAGAAUCUCAUAGGGGCAGGACCUUCCCCUACUCUGCCUCUUCCUCCAUACUAGGUUGGAAAAAUCUGGUUUAGCCCACUUUUUGCAACACUCCUGCCAAGUGGUCUUCUACCCAUUGCUUGAAAAUCUCCCUUGACAGGGAGCUCACUACCUCACAAGGCAGGUCAUUUCAUUGUGGGAUCUAUAGAAGGUUAAGUACCACAUUCUCCUUUGUAAACCUUGCCUACGACAUGUUAAUACUUCAUCUACAUGGCAGCCCUUCAGAUAAUCACAACCACUUUGCCCCCAAGUUUUCAGGUUAAGUAGCAUGAAUUUGGUCAUUCGUUAAAGACAGGGUUUCAAUUUCCACACAUGAUCUCUGCAAACAGGCACUAGGUUUUCAGUGUCCUUUUUGAAGGGUUAUAUAAAAAUAAGGUAGCACCCACAGUGCCACUACACCUUCUGGGGCUGUACUUGUUUCAGCAGCUUUGGUUGCACUGAAUUUGGGGGAGCUGCACGGUACCAGGAGUUUAUUGGGUUGCAGAUAUAUAAAUGCCCUAGACUUAAAAAAAAAAAGCUAUAAAGCUAAGUCUUCAUCUUGUGUUUGGAAAAUUGGUUCAAGCUGGGUAUGAGACAUAAGCGUAGUCAGCUCUGGGAGAAGGUUGCUCUUAAGGAGAAGCAGGGACCUGUGGUUUAGCAGCAGGAAGUGCAAAUGGGACUGGCUUGUGCUCCACCUGGCAGACCUGGAUUGGCUCCAGGCAGCCAGUGCCUGGAAAAGCCUGGAGAAUUGGGCCGUAGUCGACCCUGAUUCUCAUCAGGCACAGAUGAAUCACAUAGACAUGAUACACAGAUGAAUCACAGGCACCUAAGAAUCGGCACAGAACUUCCAUGAGGCCUCAGUCAGCAUUUUUUCACAAAAUGAGCUGAGGCCAUUCAAAGAGGCUAGAAAGAGGGAAUUGAAUCCAGAGAGGAAGAGUCUAUAGUCAUCAAGUUGUAUCCAUGCCAGCCUCCCUCCAGAGAGGUGGCAGCAGCGUGGCUCAAUCUGAUCCACCUUCAUGGCACCCGCCGGCUAGGUGCUUGAUAAAGCUUUACUGAGUUAAAUGUGAACAAGGCCUACCACUUUGCCUUGGGCAGCUGCACCAAAUUAGAAUUUCCAGAUGUGAUUCAUCUCAUAUUCCAACAGCUGGAGUGGGUCAUCCUUUACCCCUGUGGCUCCUUCCUACAGCUCUCCUGAUCUCAGCACAAGCAGGGGAGCAGCUGGGGAACACAGCUUUAUGUAAUUACCUCUGUUCAAUAUUUAGCAAGUUGCAUUGUAACAUUGUGUUUCUCCUUGGAUGGUGAGCUACCCCCAAGAAGGGGUCAUAUCAGAUUGGGUCUCAUUAAAAUGUCUGAUGAUAA